CCAAAUUGGGGCAGUAGUACUUCAGACUCUGGAAUGUAUUAGCUGAAAGUUGAAGCUUGCAGAACGCAUAUUUUACUUCUUGCGCUGUUUUCGCCUCAUUGUUUUUGUCUGUAGAGUUAGUUCAUUUCAACUGCGAAUAAAUCCGCCAUCUGACACUUUUUGGAGUAGGUCUAGCCCGGAUCGCGCACGGCUGGAGGACUAAAGCUGAAUCCUUGGGCUGAUGAGAAGCACAGAGAAGCGGACGCAGUGACUCUACCUGGGCGUAGUGGCAUUUUCAGGGGCACGGAGAGGCUUUGGCGAGAGGCACAGCCAUGGAGGGGGACUGCCUCAGCUGCAUCAAGUACCUGAUGUUUGUCUUCAACUUCUUCAUCUUCCUGGGGGGCUCCCUCCUGCUGGGCGUGGGGGUGUGGGUGCUGGCGGACCCCAGCGGGUUUCGGGAGAUGGUGGCAGUGAACCCGCUGCUCUUCACGGGCGCGUACGUGGCCCUGGCCCUCGGGGGCCUGCUCUUCCUGCUGGGCUUCCUGGGCUGCUGCGGGGCGGUGCGCGAGAACAAGGGCCUGCUGCUGCUCUUCUUCAUGCUCAUUCUCAUCAUUUUUCUGGCAGAGCUAGCUGCCGCCAUCUUGGCCUUCAUAUUCCGGGAGCAGCUGACCAGAGAGUACUUCUCCCAGGAGCUGAAGAGGAAGUACCAGGGGUACAACAGCACGGACGUGUUCACCUCCACCUGGAACGCCAUCAUGAGCACAUUUGGGUGCUGUGGUGUGAACAGCCCAGAGGAUUUUGAGGAGAGUCUCUUCAGACACAUGAACCCAGAGGUCGUGGUGCCAGAGGCUUGUUGCCAGAGGAACCGUCUCCAGGGAGACGCAGCAGACAUCAGCCGGCAGGACUGCCUCACGGGCGGCAUGCAGUUCCGCAACAACAAGGGCUGCUACUCAGCGGUGGUGGACUACUUUGAGACGUACAUCUAUCUGGCCGGAGCACUGGCCAUCGUAGUGCUGACAGUUGAACUCUUUGCCAUGGUGUUUGCCAUGUGUUUGUUCAGAGGGAUCCAGUGAAAUGGCCGGGCUGCACAGGAGGACUUCUCAAAGGGAAAUUUUGGUAAAAAUCUUGUCAAAUACAAAGGAGACACCUUUUAAUGUUCUUUUUUUAUGAAGGCGAAUUGGAGGGAAAAAAAGAAGGAAGAUUGACAGCGACCAAAAUGAUUCAGACUUCACAGCUGGUCCUCUGAGCUGCUGGAUCGACUGUAAAAACUGAAAUAAAAACAGACACAAAGAAGACAAAAGCAACAAAAAGGGAGAUGCGAGCGGGAAGCUGGUGUCUCCCAACUGGAGAGGAAGACUCUGCACUGACCUUAGGAUGAAGAAUAUUUAUACUGAUGGAAGUGGCCUUGAGCUGUGUAGAAUUGUGUGUUUGAGUACCUUGGCUGUACCCCUCAACCCUCCAUCCACACACACACACACACACACACACACACACACACAC